CGCUCUCUGCCAGCUAACUUUUCCCGAGCCCCGACCCGCGGCGCAGAGCUCCCAGGCAGCUGCGGGGCCGACUGCCGACCUCGGGCAGAGAGCGCGGUGGUGCCCAGUAUCCCAUCCCUGCGCCCUCGGCGCGCUCCGGAGAGAACAGGACCAUGUCCCGGGCUGGAGACCGAGGCAAAGCCCUGGCGAGAUGGCUGGGCACUGGGCUUUUGGGUCUCCUCCUGCUCCCCAUGUCCCUGUCACUGGAGGUGUCUGUGGGAAAGGCCACUACCAUCUAUGCUGUCAAUGGCACGGAGAUCCUGCUGCCCUGCACCUUCUCCAGCUGCUUUGGCUUCGAGAACCUCCGCUUCUGGUGGACCUACAAUAGCACUGAUAUAUUCAAGCUUCUCAUAGAUGGAACUGUGAAGAAUGAGAAGUCCGACCCUAGGGUGAAGUUGAAAGGUGAUGACCGCAUCACUCUGGAGGGCACCACUAAGGAGAAGAUGAACAACAUUUCCAUUCUGCUGAGGAGCCUGGAGUUCAGCGACACGGGCAAAUAUACCUGUCAUGUGAAAAACCCCAAGGAGAAUGACCUGCAGCACCAGGCCACCAUCUUCCUCCAAGUUGUUGAUAAAUUGGAAGAAGUGGACAACACAGUGACACUCAUCAUCCUGGCCGUGGUGGGUGGAGUCAUUGGACUCCUCAUCUUCAUCUUGCUGCUAAAGAAGUUCAUCACUUUUGUCCUCAAGAAGACCCGGGAGAAAAAGAAGGAGUGUCUUGUGAGUUCCUCCGGGAAUGACAACACGGAGAACGGGUUGCCUGGCUCCAAGGCAGAAGAGAAACCACCCACAAAAGUCUGA